AUGAAGACAGAUUUUGGAUUGUUUCAGUUCAGUUUAGGAUUGGAUUCAUCUGUGAAGACAUAUACACAGUGUCAGCUGAAUGGAAUGGUGUUUGCUGUGAGGGAGUUUGCAGUUGAGACAUCUCAACUGAUCAAAAAGAGACUGUUUACCGAGACAGAGUCCGAGGACAGGGGGAAAAGGAGGAGAGGACACACAAGGUCACAGGGUCAUCAUGGUGAUACAGUGUGUGUUAAAUAUCCUGACAAUUUUUUCCAGAAUUAUUUUGAAGUAUUUGGAGGGAUGUUCUUUUUGAAAAAAGGUGAAAUACCAUGCCGGUCCUUCACCUGUAAUAAUAGAGUGGAAAGGAACAACCCUGAUUUGGUUUAUCAUUUCUUUUCUGAGAGGAAGACAGAGGAAGAACUUUUUUUUCUUUUGGAGGUAAAAGAAGCUCCAGUUAAUCAAGGUGCAGUAGAUAUUGAAAAACAACUUGGCACCAGAGUGAUGGCACAAGUCGGAGCAGAGCUGCUUGGCCAGUCCAUGUGUUCAGUAUUUUAUCCCAGUUCUCUUGGAAUCCUCUGUAUGGAAACAAAAUUAAUUUUUGUUUUCCUCAAAAUCACACUGGAGCAUUCAAUAUCCAUAUGUAAGGGAGAGAUAGGAUCAUCUGAUAAUCCAGGGAAGAUAAUGUACACCGAGUCAUUUGACAUUCUUAAAGCUGAGGACAGACUAAAAAUGGCUGAGUUUCUCUGCUGGUUAGGAUCAGUACAAGAUUAUGGAAAAUAUAAGUUUUUCUGAUGUAUAAACAUAUCAACUUAUGUCCAUCCACUGCCUAUUUCGUCAUAUACAUUUGUAUGUAGUUAUUAUAUGUUAUAAUGUUAUA